AACGAAUAAGUUAUUCAAGCUCUGCAAACCGCUUUCCUUUCCCGAGAAGGAAAGAGAGCGGCGAGCGAGGUCGGCGACGGAGGAUGUCGAUGGUCAGCAGCAGAGGAUCGGCGGCUUCGGUUAGGGUGUCGGGGAGUGAAUUCCCUUCUUUCCUACCCAAGGAGGUGGAGAGGAUAAGAGAUCGGCAUUUCAGGGAGCUCGCCAAGAGAAUUCAGAGGAUUCCGGUGAAGUUCAGUUUCUCAAAAAGUUCUAUCAUGAGUAGCUGUGUGAAGCCGAUAGAGCAGAAUAAAUCAGAACCAGUUGUUCUCCUCCAUAGUUUUGACAGUUCGUGUUUAGAAUGGAGAUAUGCAUAUCCAUUGCUCGAGGAUGCUGGACUCGAGACAUGGGCUGUGGACAUUCUUGGAUGGGGUUUUUCUGAUUUGAAAAAGCUUCCAUCAUCUGGUGUUGCUGCCAAGCGUGAACAUCUUUAUCAGCUUUGGAGAUCACAUAUUCAGCGACCAAUGGUAUUAGUAGGUCCAAGCCUUGGUGCUGCGGUUGCCAUUGACUUUGUAGUGCAUCAUCCUGAAACAGUGACGAGGUUGAUCUUGAUUGAUGCAAGUGUAUAUGCGGAAGGCACCGGAAUUCUCAGUAAAUUACCCCGAGCAUUAGCAUAUGCUGGGGUGUCUCUACUGAAGAGCACUCCAUUAAGGUUUUACGCCUGUAAGUUGGCCUUCAAGAAGCUUUCACUUAGCAAAUCAUUUGACUGGACAAAUGCAGGUCGCCUUCACUGUUUACUACCUUGGUGGGAAGAUGCAACGGUUGAUUUUAUGAUAAGCGGAGGCUAUGAUGUCAGGCGUCAAAUAAAGCAGGUAAAACAGAAGACGCUCAUCAUAUGGGGCGAGGAUGAUAGGCUUAUAUGCAGUGAGCUGGCACUGAAGUUGCAUGAAGAAUUGCCCAAUUCAAUAUUGCAAAAAAUACCAAAUUGUGGGCAUUUUCCGCAUGUAGAGAAGCCAGAAAUUGUUGCUGAAACCAUCUUCAGGUUUGUACGAGACAGCACAGUUAAUGGAAAGCCAGUGCUUUCUGUUGACAAAAGUGAUGUUCUUAAUGGAAAGCCAGUGCUUUGUGUUGACAAGAGUGAUGUUCUUAAAUAGGAUUUGUAAGUGUAUAGUUCAAUCCAACGGGCCCUUAU